AUGGCAGCAGCAGCAGCAGCAGACAAGGGAUGGGAGAGCUACCCAAAACGUUUACUCAACUAUGACCCACUACGCGAGGACGGAGUAUCCUACGAUGCGCGACUUGCCAAGGAUAACAAACGUCUAUUUACCGAAAAGGGAAAUAUCAACGUGGAUGUUCUUGAUAUCUUUCGGGACGAGUUUGCCGCAGAUAACAAGAAGCCUGUUACAUACCAGGAUACAGAUGCUUUUGAGGAGUGCCUUACUAGCUCACCACCCAAUAGGGAAUUCAGAUUUUAUACAUUGAAACCAGCGAACCCAAAUGUGAUAUCAAGGAGUCGUGUAGCUAUCCCAGAGGACACCCUGAGGAAGCUCUUGACUGUGCAUCAAGUUAUGCCAGGGUUUAUCGACUUUCUUCAGGCAUUUGGAAGGAAGGCUAGCUCCAGCGAUACUGGCUUUGGAGGUUGCAAAAGACGUAUUGAAUAUGCUACGCCAAACAGCAGCAAGCAGAGAAACAUGAAAUCAUAUGGUAUGUGGAUCAUUCGUGUGGAGGAUGUCUAUUACAACGGGACUAACGGCUAUGCUUCAGAAAUAUGUUACAAUAUCAAAUUUGCUGAAGAGCACGGACGAAAAGAAAAAGAGGAUGAGCCACCAAAGGACCCUUGGUCAAUACGACAAACAUGCAUCUAUCAGAAAUUCGAAUAUGAGAAGAAAUCAAGCACAUGGAUCAUGGUGCAGCCCUCAGACAAGGCUACAACCAGACUGAACGAGGUCUUCAAGGCCAGAGCAGAGGAAUACAUCGAGGACACUGUGCACAAUCCUAUGGAUAUUCACUUGGUGUUUCUCUCAGGCGCAGCUGAGAACUGGAGGUGGUACUACAACUACCUCGAGAACAAAUUAUAUGACAUGACCACGGGAGCCUUGAGCUCAGCCGUAGGAAGAAGGGGAAAAACAGUGACCUUUGGAAACUACAACCAGCACCUCGACUUUGAGGUCGAAUUCAAGGAUGUACAGGAACUCCAGAGGUUUGAGGAGAAGGUCCAGAGCCUACUUUUGGCUCUGGAGACAAAUAGGGAUACCAUCACAACAUUACAAAAACAUAACGAUCAGUUGAGGAACUGUGGUUUGGGACUGGAAGAACAUCACUUCACAGCAGUAGACGAUUCCCUAGAUACAUACCUUACCGAACUCGCAAUCUACAAACGAAACGUUGAAGCCCUACUCCAACGCAUUCGUGGGCGAUCAAGAUUGCUCUACAAUAUCCUUGACUACCGAAAUGCCGAAACUGCCCACCGUCAUGGCCAAAAGAACGUCGAUUUCGCCGAACUCGGCCGCCGCGAUACCGACCUAAUGAUGAAGAUGACAAAACGUACUACCCGAGAAGCCGUGGCCGUCAAGAUUGUGACCUUCGUCACACUAUUCUACCUUCCGGCCACAUUCGUUGCAGUUUGUUUCCUCUACUCCUGGCAAUGGUCUUGCAACUAG